GACAUAGUCAUACGGCGUUCAGAAAAUAAAAAUCCAAUGGCUCAGUACAGAGACAAUAUCAAGUAUGAAGAGGGCUUCGUUGUGAAUUCACGAGGAAACAGACUCUUCACCUGCAGGUGGAUGCCGAAGGCAUUGGAGCCCAGAGCUCUGAUCUUUAUCUGCCAUGGAUACGGAGCUGAGUGUAGCAUAUCGAUGGGAGACACCGCUGCUCGAUUAGUACACUCUGGAUUUGCUGUUUACGGAAUCGACCAUGAGGGCCAUGGUAAAUCUUCAGGACCAAAAGGCUACAUAUCGAACUUCAGCGAUGUCGUCAAGGACUGUUCUGACCAUUUCAAGAGUGUCUGCGAGAAGCAGGAGAACAGGUCAAAGAAGAGGUUCCUCUACGGCUUCUCCAUGGGAGGGACCGUGGUGCUUCAGCUCCAUAGGAAGGAUCCUCUCUACUGGGACGGUGCCGUGUUGCUUGCUCCUAUGUGCAAGAUCUUUGACAGCAUGCGUCCCCACCCGAUCGUCGUCAGUGCACUGAAGAUGAUCAGCGCCGUUGUGCCUAGCUGGAGAGUCAUCCCUGCCACGGACAUGAUUGACAAAGUCUGCAAAGAUCCCCAGUUCAAGAAAGAGAUCCGUUCCAACCCGUACAUGUACAAGGGAAACCUCGCGCUGCAGACAGGCCGUGAGCUCCUCACGGUCAGCCUCGACAUCGAGAAGAGCCUGCAUGAGGUGUCGUUGCCGUUCUUGGUCGUGCACGGCACCGACGACGUCGUAGCGGAUCCCCUUGGGAGCAAGCUGCUGCAUGAGAGGGCGUCGAGCAGGGACAAGACCCUGAAGCUGUACCCCGGGAUGUGGCACGUGCUCAUGGGUGAAGGGCCGGAGGACGUCGAGCGCGUCUUCGGCGACGUGAUCUCGUGGCUCGAGGAUAGAGUCGGCGGCACCGUCCCGGACAGCACGACGAAGCGUCAUGAGAUAUGGUAGAAGAGAGGUUGUAGAUAAGUUCAUGCAUGUAUUCAAAGGAAGUUAUGCUAAACAUUGUGUCCUCACCCCUCCGGAUUCCAUUGAUGAGGGAGGAGAUUUUACACUAUGGUCGAGUAGCGACCAAGCAUGCUGUUAUA